CGAUUUGACAGAUUAGCUGUCAUUGUCAACUUUUUGUUGUCAAAGUUUUGCCGAAUCACGGUUCCCAACUUAGGGGUUUUCCCCCCAGAUUUAGGGGGUAAAAAAAUGAAAUGGGAUUUUUUUAGGGGUCAGAAUUUUUUAGGGGUAUUUUUAGGGAUUUUUUGACUCCUCAGUAUUUUAAAAUUGAUAAUAUUAAUAUUUAUUUCUUGACUUAGCGACAUAGAACGACUUCUAGUGCGUAUUAAAUAUAAUCUGUUGUGACUGGCGGCAAUACUGGCACCAGUUACUGGCAGUCUAUUUAUUGUCUGUGCUUUAUGGCGGAGAGGUUGUCUAAAAUUUUUAUUUUUUCACAUCACAGAUCACAGACUUCAUUUGUCGUCUGUGAUCACAAUCGAAGCUAUAAGAGUUAGGAUUUUUUUUGAUGUUUGUGGGACUGGGAUAAGAUUAUCGGCUACCGCCAAAAAAUCAAAGACCUAUCUUAAGUACGACGAUUGUCAUUUCGAUUUGGUUUGCAUUGUGUGUCAACAAGAAAUGUGUUAAUGAUGAAUAAGGAAAAUAAAUGUAAAAAAACGUACAGUCAAAAGUACACGAAAACUUGGGAAACAGAUCCAGAUCUAAAAGUAGUAUGAAGUAUCGGCGUCAAUAGUAUAACUACGGCUGUACGGCACUAGGCAGUACUCGUUCUUCAGUAAAAUUUAAAAGGUUGGCUUGCACCAGAUCCUACGAGUGCGACAUUGGCGACUUGUAAAUAUUGCCGUGUUGUGUUAAAAGCCCACAAAAAGGACUUGGUUAGUCACGCUAAAACUGAAAAACAUAAAAAAGCCACAGCCUGGGAAACAUCAGCUAAAUCAUAUAAAUCUAUUUCUGAAGUAUAUAAACCAGCCUUGCCAGAAAGCACAAAAGUUGCCGAGUUGAAAAUCGCUGCCUUUAUCGCCGAGCACUGUUCCUUGUUAACUGUAGAUCAUAUGAUUAGUUUACUCCCUCAAUUAGAUCCUUCAUCAGAUGCUCUAAAAAACCUUAAAAUUCAUCGAACUAAGUGUUCAAUGCUCAUAAAAAAUGUACUUGGUCCAUCGAUGCUCGAAGCUUUAGUUGAAGAUAUAGGAGAUUUUCCUUACUCUAUUAUAAUAGAUGAAAGUACUGAUCUUUCGUCACAAAAAGUGUUAUGUAUUAUGAUUCGCUUUCUUUCACACAAGGAAAAGCAAGUUGUUACAACUUUUUACCGAAUAAUACAACUAAUAGAAUGUGAUGCAAAAAGUGUACAUGAGGCAAUUGUUAAUCAACUUAAAGAGGAUGGCAUAAAACUUGGAAAAUAUGGUCAGAAUAGGCGUUGAUGGAGCUAACGUAAUGGUUGGAAAACAUAACUCGGUGACUAGUAUUUUUAAAAAAGAACUGCCUGAUUUAAUUAUUGUCAAAUGUGUUUGCCAUUCUUUGCAUUUAUGCGCGGAAAAGGCGGCUGAAUCAUUACCACGCCAAUUAGAAUUUCUUGUAAGGGAAAGCCAUAACUGGUUUUCUUACAGCCCUAAGCGUUUGGAGUAUUACAGAACACUAUACGAAACCAUGAAUAAUAACAAUGACCCGAAAAAAAUUCAAGGACUUAGCGGAACUCGCUGGCUCGCUCGUUACCAUGCUAUCAAAACAAUAUUGGAGCAGUGGAAGGAGUUGAAGCUGCUUUUUUCUAUUGCAAAAUCUGAUGAUAAAUGUUUCAUGGCGGAACAGCUUUAUGAUAUCAUGCGGAGGCAUCCUUUUAAAGCUUUGUUGAUAUUUCUACAAAAUGAAUUAAAACAUGUGAUACAAUUAAACUUACUUUUUCAAACUAACAAUGUUGAACCUAACAAAUUGUUUGAGGAUUUGUUUUUGUUAUAUAAAAAUUUGCUAAAAAGACUUAUUGUGCCUUCACAAUUGGAAAAAUUGGUGGACUCUGAACUGAUAGAAUUUAAUUUCCGUGAACAUCUGAUGCAUACAGCAUCAAUGUAUUUUGGUUUUGACUUUCAUAGCAUAUCACGAGAACUCGAAGAAAAGGAUCUGUUGGAUGUCAGGGAACGAUGCAAAAACUUUUUAUGUUCUCUGGCCGAGCAGAUUCAGAAAAGGCUUCCGGAUAAUUUAUCACUGUUAAAAACAGUUGCCGAUUUGCACCCAAGAGUUGCUACAUCUCAAGUCAAACCCGAUAUAAAACCACUAUUGAAUUACAUUCAGCGAACUCAUGUUUAUGGCAAGAAAAAUGAUAUCGAGUCUGAGUGGUACCAAUUAAGUAAUAAAAUAUGGACGAAUACUUCUUCUUCAGCUGAUUUUUACUUUGAAGUUUAUAACGAUUGUGACGCAGCUGGCUGUAAACGUUUUGAAAAUAUUUCAAAAUUCGGAUUAGCAUUUGCCACUGUUCCGAUUUCAAACGCGAGUGUCGAACGUGCAUUCUCUGUCUAUAAUGUCGUUAAAAAUAAGUUGCGGAAUAGACUAUCUAUUAAAAUGUUGCAAAGCAUCAUGAUGGUCCGAUUUUCAUUAAGUCGAAAUGGUGGAUCUUGUACAACAUUUAAUCCAUCCAAUAAAAUGUUAAAUCUAUUUAUCGGGGCAUCGACUAUAUUCUACUUCUGAUAUCGGCGGAGCCGUAGUCUAAGACCAGGUUCUAAGCUUUAUGUGUCAAGGACGGCAGAUACACAAAGUAACACUAUCGGUCAUUAUUGGAACGACCAUUAAACUUACAACUACAGUUCUACCCUUUAAUUACACUUGAUCAAGUAUAGCGCUGAUACUAUCAGAUGUAAACCAAGAUUAAACUAGUGUACGGCAGUAAGGCAGCCAAGAGUGAAAUCGCGGGCUGGUAACCGCUAGUAGCAAGGUUAAAGGAUCCUUUUACAGUAUACUAAUACUCCCUUUCUCCACUCGUGUUGCCUUCCAGCUAAGUAACUAACUUACUUCUAUUAACUCACCCACUAAAGUUCCGAAACACUAUCACUAUUUUAACACUGCACCAUUACUAUUAAACAAAUGGAAGACGAGUAUCCAUUCCGAGAUCGCGAUUACAACUGACUUACUCAACUAGCAGGCUAUAGUGGAGGAGGGUGCCCCACUCUUAAGCGUACCGGUCACCCGCCAUAUUGGACGCAAUGGUAUUGGACAAGAGUCACGUGAUCAUUUCCUAUUGGUCGAACGCCGCACGUCCGGCAUAGUGGAUACCUUUUACAGCCUUAUUUAUUUAAACAGUAAAUAAUAAAAACCCAAUUACAUGAAAAUCUGAUUCUAAUAUUAUCACAAUAAUUAACCUAGAUUUUGCUAUCCGAUAAAAUAACUCACUCGCCGGCACGGCCAUUCUGACGAUCGCACGUCCUCGGGCGAUUUAUCUGAUUAUUACCAUUAACAUUAAACCACAGUUGAAACCCUUCUACUACUGCUCGUCCAUUCUGACAUUGAGAGACUUUAUUGAUUUUACUGAAUUAUUUAACGUCAUGUCUAAUCAUUGCAUCAAGUCAGGUAAACUCCAGUUCUAUCAUAACACUAGCCUCAAAUUUCCCCACGACCAGCCACCAUCUCACUAUGGUCAACAUGGCCCAGAGACAAGCCAAUCCUUGGCAGGAUAUGACCCGGACGACACGAUUCGUCUACGUUACAGCGAGACAAGCCAAUCCUUGUAGGAUAUGACCCGGACGAUACGAUUCGUCUUCGCUACAGCUAGACAAGCCAAUCCUCAACAGGAUAUGACUCGGACGACACAGUUCGUCUCUCUUACAGCUAGCAACUGUCCAGGACAAGUCGGCCCAUCCGAAUGGACCCAACUUGGACGACAAGCUUUCGUCAGACAGAUGCUAAAUACAUCACAGUGACAAGCGGACUCACUGAAGGGGUGUGGCUCGGACGACAUAUUUCGUCUUUGUUACAGUGAGACAAGUCAAUCCUCGGCAGGAUGUGACUCGGACGACAUAAUUCGUCUACCCUCUGGGACCAAGACGUGUGCCCACCACCUAAUCAAUCUUGAUUAGUUAGGACGACACUCUUCUCCCAGGAUCAACCAUUUAGCAACAAACUGAUCAUUUAAAUCAUUCACCACAUAGUCGGACGCUCAUUAUUCCAAGGUUUAAAGAUUGGAAGCGACACGUCCGGUGUCUGUAGCUACACCUUGCCAAUGUUGGUAUGUUCAGGCACUAAUAUCCUCACAGACAUCCACAUCACUGUCAUUAUCUAGUCCUACAGGAACUUCAUAUUCGAUCAACUUUAAAGCCUGUUAUGAGAGUACUUGUAAUUUCCAUUUAACAUUCGAUCAUUAUAGAAACCUUCUGUAAUUACGAAAGGAUAGCGGUCCUUUACUUCCUAUCCAAUUUAGUUUUAUUUUCAUUUCAAAUAAAAACUAAACGCAAACACUCACGUUCUACACGCUCAUGUACUAUCAUCCUUUCCUAUAUACUGAGCCGAUAAGAUCAUCUUUGCACAGUUAUACUUCGACAUCAAACGAAUUAAAACAUCAACGGUAGUAACACACGUUCGCAAAACUAAAGUUAUAAAACACUUGAGUAACAGUGUUUCAUCACAGACACUAUGGCCAAUUUAACUCAAUGACGUUGGUGCGUCAUAUUAAAUUGACAAAACCAUUUAACUGUUUUAAAACCAACUUAGUUAUCACAAGAAAAACCGGUAAGCAUUAACUGAGGGUAGUUAUCAAAUGAAAUUAUUCCCAUCAUGAACAUCACAAAUUUUAAACUAAAACGCAAUCUUAUUAACGUGGAAUCCCUGCACUAAGAUUUCGCGUCUUAUACCAUCAAAACUGACAGUUUUAUCGGUUAUACCGUGAAACACAAUUUGUAACUAUUUACGAUCAAAAUUUUUUUCAUACCCUACUUAAAACUUGAAAUUACGGUUCACACACUAUUAUCUUUCGAAUUUAACAAUACCGUAAUGUAAAACGUAUCUGUGUACUAUACUCAAUUAAUUUGUUACCCUCUUUUUAUGAAAAGUACUCUCUCGUACCAGAUAAACAAAGGAAUGAAAAACUAUUGGCCUACUUAAGGGUAGUUUUAACUACGUCGCAAUCUUUGUCAUAGUGAACAAAGAUUUUCUACCUACGCGGGUAGUGGGCACCAGUUCUUUAUCCCACGAUCUGAUAUCGGGGCAUCGACUAUAUUCUACUUCUGAUAUCGGCGGAGCCGUAGUCUAAGACCAGGUUCUAAGCUUUAUGUGUCAAGGACGGCAGAUACACAAAGUAACACUAUCGGUCAUUAUUGGAACGACCAUUAAACUUACAACUACAGUUCUACCCUUUAAUUACACUUGAUCAAGUAUAGCGCUGAUACUAUCAGAUGUAAACCAAGAUUAAACUAGUGUACGGCAGUAAGGCAGCCAAGAGUGAAAUCGCGGGCUGGUAACCGCUAGUAGCAAGGUUAAAGGAUCCUUUUACAGUAUACUAAUACUCCCUUUCUCCACUCGUGUUGCCUUCCAGCUAAGUAACUAACUUACUUCUAUUAACUCACCCACUAAAGUUCCGAAACACUAUCACUAUUUUAACACUGCACCAUUACUAUUAAACAAAUGGAAGACGAGUAUCCAUUCCGAGAUCGCGAUUACAACUGACUUACUCAACUAGCAGGCUAUAGUGGAGGAGGGUGCCCCACUCUUAAGCGUACCGGUCACCCGCCAUAUUGGACGCAAUGGUAUUGGACAAGAGUCACGUGAUCAUUUCCUAUUGGUCGAACGCCGCACGUCCGGCAUAGUGGAUACCUUUUACAGCCUUAUUUAUUUAAACAGUAAAUAAUAAAAACCCAAUUACAUGAAAAUCUGAUUCUAAUAUUAUCACAAUAAUUAACCUAGAUUUUGCUAUCCGAUAAAAUAACUCACUCGCCGGCAUAUUUAAUGUAAAUAUGUACGACUUCAAAAAAUCUGAAUCUUCAGAUGAAGAUGAAAUAUUAUAUAAUGUGUUAAAUAACUUACAAUAAUAAAUUAAUUAAUUAAACAAAUAAAAAAACCCGACUGCAUAAAUGAUACAAAAACUGAAACAAAAAAAAACAAGCUCUUCCAGAAGUGUAGAAAGCAAUUAGAAAACAGUCGGGGCCUAUUAUAUUGAAUAGAAUGAUUUUCGUCUACAUUUUGUAAUAUUUAUUACACACUUUUUAGUUAAGAUAGAUGGUGAAUUUCGGAUUUAUUUGUUACAUUUCUUACAUGUUACAAAGUACGAUAAUGUAUACGUCCAACCGAAGUUAAGUAAAUAUUUUAAAAAAAUCUACGGAACCCUCGGUGGGUGAAUCCGACUCGCACUUGUCCGACUUUUAUAAUCAAUAUAAAAUUUAGUCUAUUUUAGGUGUUCUAAAACUUCACUUCAUAAACCUCGCACCCAUAGUCAUCCGCCUCGCGUAUAUUGUUAGAUAAUUAAUAAAUAACGUUUUUCUAAUUGUAGUUUUUUUUUAACAUGGCCAUGAUAUACCAUUUUGAAAUCCUCUCAAAGAGCCCUUGAAUUUGAUACCCAUGUUGCAAUUUUCAAAAAAAAAUUUUUUUUUUCACCUUUAGUCUAUAGCGUCUCACAGUCGUCUUGUUGGUAUUUUUUAAAUUUCACCUAUCUAAGAACACUUGGGUUAUUAAGACUAAUCUAACGAUAUCUUAAUUACGAAAAUCCGUCCAGCGGUUUGGAAGAUAUGAGGUAAUAAAGAAUAUUACAUACAUACAUACAUACAAGAUACGCGCGAAAAACAUAACCCUUCUUGCAGUCGGGUAAAAAUACCAUAUUA